AUGAAUUUCUUUAGUCGCAAACCAACCACCAAGAGCGGUAGCCGCACCGCAGCAACCAAUGGCGACAGAAAUCCAAAACCAAAGCUGAAGCUGGAGGAAAAGCCAAAGCCAACGCAAAAACCAAGACCAAAGCCGCAAACGCUUCAUAUUCCCGACGUCUUUGAGAAUGGCGGUCCCGUCUUUGUCAUGUCUGCCACUCAUCGGGGAGACAUGUAUCAUUUGCGAGCCGCGUUGCAAUUAGAAAAUUGCUCCAUCGUUCUCUAUGACUCUAAUCACCAAGACAAAACGAAGAUCAAAACAAAUCAGCUGGAAGAAUAUUUGGCGGAGUCCGUGCUGAGCAAGGGAAAGCACAUUUUCGUCGUUCCGUGGGAGUAUGGUGUGUUGAGUGGAAGGAAACCACUCCCUGAGAACAUGAUUGAUUGUCUCCUCGACCGAAAGGAUUACAACGCAGAAGAACGCGCUGCGCACCCCAUCAAAGGUCUCAACUUGGGCACGUACAGCGAGAAGACUUCAACUGAACUCAUCGCCAGCGCGCCAGAGCGUUUACAGGACAUUGUGAAAGGGAUGGCCAUCGUUGGUGAAGCCUUGGAUAACGAAAAAUCAGUCGAAUACCAAAAACUCUCCGCCAAAUUUGCAGAUAUAUGGAAGACAGCCGGAAUUGAAGCCGGCAAAAACAAUAUCCUCCUCAUGUAUCGAGAUACCGGUACGCGGGACCCCUUCCCUGUAGAGAAAAUGGGCGUCUACCCAGAGCUUGACAAUGGAAACGCCACCAAGGAUAUUUGGGACAUUGUGGAUGGCAUAGCAAAGCAGGAAAGGAAGGCCAUAACCAUUUUCACAUGUGGACUCAAGGGUUUCGGCAUUGGGGAAUACUGGAACGAUAUUAAUGGACUGAAACCGAGUGACAAGAUAACCGCAAGAGACUUUGAGGCUUACUUCCUCAAGUGGUCAUACAAGCACGGCUACUACAAGAUGGCCUCUGGGUUCCGGAGCGGUGCUCUGGAUUUGUUUACCUUUAUGGGUAUCCCCACGGUAUCGAUUGGAUUGCGUAAUCUGAUGGGGGAGUCGCGGCAUAAACUAUUGGCAAAAAAGGAAUUCAAGCGAGUGAAUAUCCAAUAUGACCAGCCACGCCACGAGACAACCGCGGCCGUGACAUCCGAGCGCUGGGCAUCCAAGCCCGGAACGUCCAAGCCCAACGAUGAUCAUACCGUCUUCGGCUCUCCAUUCUGGGAGGCCGGGUUCCAGACACCGCAGGGUGCCAAACAGAGGGCGUUGCCAAGAGACAAAAAAGCAGCCCAAAUGAAGACGCCCGGGGGCUUUGCUGGCUUUGAUAGGAUUGUUAUAGAAGUUGGGUACAGACUUGCCUGCCAUUUAUACAUGAACCUCACUCCAUCAGUUUAUAACAUACAGGAGCCGCCGACUUGCGUCGUCAGCACGCAUGUUGCGAGAUUUUGCUAUCCAAAUGGAACAAAGGCAGACCAACAAAAGUAUGUUAAGAACAACGAAGGGCUUGACCGCAAAGACUUGCAGGCUAUGAAAGACAAUAAAGCUCUCCAGCAAUCAAAGGGCAUGGUUGAUAGAUACGAGAGGGAAUUAAAUGAAGACUGGACAGAAAUGAGGAAAGUUCUUUCUUGA